UUUGAAAGAAAGUGCACUAAGAAAUGAAUGAUGCCAGGGAAGAGAGUCCCCAAAAUUAUACGGUUGAUUCGUCAAGCAAAAGGAUUGAAUGCCGAUCCAGAUGAUGAUUCACUGCUUGAUAAACUGACUCCUCAUGUUCCUGGCAUAGUUACCUUUGCUGAUCACAACAGGAAGCUACCAUGGUCUACGGAGUAUUCAACUGUUCUUGUGUUUGCAGAUGUUUCAGGAUUUACUGCACUUUGUGAACGUUACAGUGCAAUGCAGGAUUCUGGUAUUGAUAAACUGACAAAAACAUUGAAUGGUUACCUUGGUGCCAUAGUAGAAAAUCUCUUGUCAUCUGAAGGGGAUGUUCUUAAAUUUGCAGGUGAUGCCAUUUUGGCUGUGUGGAGAGUGAAUAGUGAGACAGAAAUGACACCUAUUUUAGAAAAAGUUAUUGCAUGUUGUUUAGCCAUCCAGAAAGAAUAUGGAGAAUGGCAAACUGAUAUUGGAAUAACUCUUACUGUUAAAAUGGGUAUUUCCACAGGACCCAUGAAAGUCACUUUUCUUGGUAAUAAUGAAUUUAGAGUUUAUGUUGAGACCGGUAAAGCAGUGUCAGAUGUAAAUGUUGCUGAGAGUUUCUGUCAAUCAGGAUUUGUUGUAGUAUCACCAGAUGCAUGGAGCCUUUGUACACAAGAGAAAUAUGAAACUGAAGUAUUACAUGACGAGAAGCAUAUACAUAUUUUAUCAGAGAAAAUUUUACCAGCAAUUGGAACAGGGAAGAAGCAAUUUCGAAAAGUGGGACAUGCAGCAAUGUUUACAUCUAAGUUAACAUUUUCGUCAACAGAACCAACAAUGUCUCCAGUGGACACUGAAUCAAAUGCUUUAGUUCCACCAGAUCUGGCACCUGAACCAACUCCGUCUAAAUCAUCAAAACUUUCUAAAUUGCGUGGUAUUGUCAAAACUGUUACUGAUAUGAAACUUGAUGAAGCAUUACGACUUUUCAUUCUUCCACCUGUGUUAAGGAAGAUUGACGAUUUCCAGCCAUUAGAGUACCUAUCUGAAAUGAGACAGGUGUCGAUAGUAUUUAUAAAUCUUGUCUUAAAUAAAGACGAGAAUGAGGCAGAACUGUUACAGAAAAUAUUUGGUGCUGUUUAUAUACAGAUCAAAGCCUUGCAUGGUUGUUUGAAUAAAGUUUUCCUGUUUGACAAGGGUUGUACCUUUUUGGUAAUAUUUGGUUUACCUGGAUUUAAGCAUGAACAGGACUGUGCCAAUGCUUUGAUGUGUUCAUAUAGGAUGAAAGAGACAUUGUGUGGUGUAACAGGAGUUUUGCAUGUAUCAAUUGGUGUUACAACAGGUACAACCUUCUGUGGAGUGGUUGGGCAUAGCAAAAGACAUGAAUAUUCAGUGAUAGGAAGGAGAGUAAACUUCGCAGCAAGGUUGAUGAUGCACUACCCAGACAAAGUAGCCUGUGAUGAUAGAACAUUCCAAUUAUCCAGGCUUCCUGCCCAUAACUUUGAUGUUCUUAUCACCAAGAGAAUGAAAGGAUUGAGAAAUGUUGGAAUUAUUAGAGAAUUUAAAGAAAGUGCUGAUUUAGGUGUAGGUGUAAACAGUGUUCCAUAUUUUCACUAUCCAUUGUUAGGCUGUACAAAAGAAGUGGAAAUGUUUGAAGAGCAAGUGAAGAACUUAAAAAAUGAAGAUGAUGGUAAAAAGGUCCGGCAUCUUGUGUAUGUUGGUGCUUCUGGGAUAGGUAAAACCAGAUUAUUGGAUCAUUUGAUAGUUGGUGCAGAACAUCGAGACUUAAGAGUGAUAUCGUGUGCAGUGCAAAUGAAUGAUAGAUUUAACAAUAAUUUCCUGACCAGACAUAUAAUGAGAAUGUUGAUAUCAAGUGCUGGUUUCUCCCACCAAAUAGACAGGGAACCAGAGAUUAUAGAGAAAAUAGCAUCAAAAGGAUUGUUGGGAAGUUUGGGCCUUAUUCCACAUGUACUUGGGACACAGCUUUCAAAGGUGAGCAUGUACAUCAAGCCAGAUGAGGUUAUGGGAAAUCCAGAUGAUUUAUCCAAAGCUAAUGAAUUGAUUGGUACCAUAGCAGAACUGUGUAUACAUAAAAGCACUCCAGUUGUAAUAAUAUUAGAUGAUGCUCAUAACAUAGAUGAGGAAUCUUGGACCACACUCUUUUAUUUGAGCCAACUGACCCACAUUCUUUUAGUACUUUCAAUCAGACCUAAAGCAGUAGAUGAACCAUCGUGUCCAGCAGCAGCCAAUUUCUUUGACAGUCGUAAUGUAUUCAUUGAAGAUAUAGGGGGAAUAGAAAGCAAAUACUUGACAGCAUUAGCCUGCCAGUUGAUGGAAGUUGUAAGGAUACCAAAUGCACUAGAAAGAUUGUUGAAAGAAAGAUGCCAUGGUGUACCAUACUGGUGUGAACAAGUUUUAAUUGACAUGGUAGAAAAGAAGCAGUUGAUGAUCUUGGAGACAGAAGAAGGAAGUCAUAUAGAGGAAUCUACCAUUGCGCCUAAUGCUAACCAUAUCAAACCUAUACAGCACAGAGCUGAACACCCUGCCGCUGAAUUCAAACAACUGAAUGAUAUAUUCAUUACAGCUACUUCUAUUGAUUCUUUAAUGGACAGCAAAGAACCAACGUCUGCCAACUUUUUAAAAGAUUUGGGAUACAUCCACAAAGAGACAGAACACAAGGGAAUUUCCAAACAGAGAAUUGGUGUGUUUUCACCACAAGUCAAUCCAGAAGAUAUACCUAUACCUGAUAUCAUGAAAAAUCUAAUUACUGCAAAGAUAGAUUCAAUGAGAGCCACAGAACAGUUGAUUGUCAAAUGUGCCUCAGUGCUGGGUGAGACCUUCCCUCGAGAUAUGAUAGAGAGCAUUCUACCUAAUGUCAACAGAAUCAAAGCUAGAAAAUCUUUCAAAGUUCUCAGAAAAACAGGAAUAUUUGAAUGUGCAAACUUGCACAAUCCUCUCUAUAACAAAUUCUCAAAAGACGACGAGGAAUAUGAUAUAAUGGAAUGUUACUGUCCACGAGAUGAUGAACACAUAGAUAAAAGUCUUUGUAACCUGAUGAAGUUUACUAAUUUGAUACUGAUGGAGACAUGCUACAAGAUACUAAUGGAAAGUCAGAGAAAGACCUUGCAUGGUAGUGCUGCAAAUUAUCUAGAGAAAAAGGCUGAUCAGAUUAGGAAGGAUAUUCCAUAUCAUAUGUUGGAGAGACCUCCUCCAAAGUUUAACCAAGAGGAAAAAGAUAGAAAUCACAGUAGAAGGAGAAGUUCUAAUAGAGUGGAAGAUAUAGCUAUAGCUGAUGCUGAAUCUUAUAUGAGAGUAAGGGGCCGGAGGAAAGGUAUUCAGAUACAGGAUGUUAGUGGGCUCCUUCCCACAUUGAUGAAGUCAAUAAAAUCAGAGAGGACACUAGAUGAAGCCUGUGAAGGUUUGAUGCCAAUUUAUAGCCAGAUUUAUCACCACAGGAAGGCAACUCAAAAUUACAUGAACAUAAUAGAUAUAUUGGUUGAGGAAGCUGCUGCAUCUAUUGUCAUGAAACAAACCUCAAAUGCAAUGAUGAAAUUAGAAGAUGCAGAAGAAGUCAUUAACGAGAUGAUAGAUAAAGAGAAAAAAGAUGAAGAAGAUGAGGAUUUGUAUGUUUUGUAUGCUAAGCUUGCAAGGCUUACUGGAAAGGCAUUGUAUGUAUCUGGAGAAAAAGAAGACGCCUUGCUAUAUACAAGACAUGCUGCUAAAUUGUUAAAGAUAGCAGAACCAGAGGGAUACUGUAAUACUCAUGCUCGAUAUUAUAUCUUGUGGGUGUUUCUAAAAUUUCUUAGAAUUUCUACAAAAGCUAGAAAACCAUCAACAGACAAAACUGUGGAACAAGGAUAUUGUUUAUCUGAACUGUAUGAAUUUGAAAAAGAAAACAAUGAAGAAUGGAAGAUGUCAAUCAAUAGUUUUAGACAGAUGAUCAAAAUUACUGGAAGAUUUAGUAAUUUACAUCAGAUAAUUAGAGCUUACAAAGUAAUGAUUGAAUUCUGUGGAAAGUACAAUCAUCCAAAGAUGAAGGAUAAACUAGAAAAAGAAUUUUUGGCAAGUUGCUUAACAAGAAAUGAGGAAUUACAGGCAGAUGAUAUGGUGACAAUGUCUGAAGUCUGUGCUGAUAUUUGUUUAACUAGCUUACAGAAAGGAGACAUUACAAGGGCAAUUUCUUCUGGUACAGCUGUAGUAGAAAUUGGAGACAGUAUGAAACAAACUGACAUUAACAGAACUGUUUAUCCACUGAUGGCUUUAACAUUACUAUUUACUGAUAAGAAGACUCCUUGUCUAGACAUCAUGCAGAAGAUGAAAUCCUAUAACAAGAAGAAAUAUAGCACUGUUGGUCAAGCCUGGUACCAUGCUAUUAACAUGGAGGUCAUGUUAAGUUGGAAUAUAUCUCAGGAACCUUUUGAUGACAGUUUAGAUUUUGCCACCUAUUUAAUGAGCAAAGCAGAUGCAGUCUACAAUGAAAUGCUCCCAAGAUACAUGCUUACAAUGUCUAUAGCAAUGUGGUACUGUAGACAUGACCAGUGGUCAAGUGCUCAGGUUUGGUUUGAUUAUUGGGAAGUGUUUGAUCUUGGUGAGAUCAAUUUUCUAUCAGUAUAUGUGCUAGCAAGAAAGAUUGAGAUCAUGUUGAUGUCUCUUAGUAUCAGUAAAAUUACAAAACCAAAGUUUCUAUGGAAACAAUUAGAGACAGCUGCUUCAGAGGAUCUCAAGAAAAUGUCAGGAGCAAUAAAGAAGGUAGUCACACUUAAACCAAGAUACCAUCAUUUAAAUGCUUACCUGCUAGCACUGAAGCAAAAAUAUUGUUGGUCAGAAUUAACAACCAUUAGGGCAUUAAAACUGGCAAAAAAGCAAGGAAAUAAACUGGAAAGUGGGUGGAUAAAACACAACCGACAUCACUGGUUUGGAAGGAGAGCACAAAUCAGGGGAGAUAACCAUGCUGCUGCUGAAUGGUACAAAUUGUUCAGUAGCUCAUACCAGCAAGGAUUUUGUACAUGGCCACUAGUUGCUAAUUAGAGAUAUGAAAAUGUUGAGCAUUUGUGACUUUAUCUUGAUGAACUUCUUAUGUAUGGAUGCAGUUUCUUACAGCAUUGAUUGAAAAUAGUUGUUUACUGUUGUAUAUUGCUUUUUGUUUGGUCUGUGACCGAGGUCAGCGCAUAGGAAUCUCUAAUCGCCAUCUUCCACUGUCUUUAUCAUUGUCAUACUUCUCUUAUGCAACUUCUCGGAAGCUUCUCAAUAGAAAUGGUUCAGUGUUAAACAGUAUCUUCAACUCAAUAUUUCCUCCUGGAUAUAUUUGCAAAUGGAUUUUAAACCGACAGCAAUCAAUCAAUCAAUUAAUGAAAAUUCUGAUUCAUUUAUGUUUGGGGUUCCUCCAUACAAUGACAAUUGCACAAUAUGGAUGAGGCAUGCAUAUUAUAUCUAUCUCUUCUAGAAUGUCUUAAUAGAACCAUCUUUUUCUACAGGAAGUGAACUAUAGCACUAUCUAAAAUAUUUCUACCAAAAAAUAAAUGUCGACAUUCUUUUUUUAGAAUAAUUCAUAUUAAAUUUAAUUAUUUUACAAAGAUAAUAUGCAGGAAAAUCUGUCUUAGGUGAAUUGAACAAAAUUAUAUCUAUAGAAAUUGAAAUCAAUUUUGGGAAAGAUUUUUUCAAUCAAACCUGCUAAGUUACUAUUGAAAUUAUCUCCCCCUACAUGGAAAACAUAUAUUCAAAUAAAAUUGAGAAUGGAAAGUUACUUCUCCUUGCCAAAUCAUUUCAGAUAAAUAUAUAAUUCUGUGUAUUCUGAGAAAUAACCCAACUUUAUUAUGAAUAAGAUAUGAUGGGUAAAGUGAUUGUAUAUCCAAGAUAAUGUUCAUCUCAAUAUAAAUUGCAUAUCUGAAAAAAACACAUGUUACUUUCAAAUAAAAUGAAAAAUGUGAAAUUCCCAAGAUUGCAGAGGCCAUAGUUGCCCAGUUAUAUAGUGUCUGUCUAGCUUAAAUGAAAAGCCUUGAUUAGUAGCACAUGUUUUCCAUCUAACUUUAUAAAAUACUCUUGUAGAAUAUUUUAAGGUCUUUGUUAAAACAUUGCAAUCAUUUCUGAAUUUAUGAUAUAGCUGAUGUUCAAAAAUCUUGGUUGCUAUUGCUUUUUUAGGAAUGUAAUGAACCUCUCUUUGAAUGUGGACAGAUAUGACAUGUAACAAGAUAAAAAUAUUGUGAUAUAAUGUGAUAGUGUUUUAUACUAAAUUUUGAUGUUUUUGAAUUUAUUUAAAUGAAACAUAUUUUCAAAUUCACCUGUCUUAAACGGGACCAAUGUUAUUGAAUAUUUAUUAUGUUAACUUAUGUGAACUGAUUGAAAAAAAGAUUAUGUGUCCAGACUUAGUUUACAAGCCUCUGACAAUGCUCUGUUCUGAUUAUAAUUUAUGUGAACCUAAAACCAUGUAUAAGUUCCAGCGUAAAAUAAUAGAAUUUCUGCUUCCAAAUUUUUGAAGGUGUAAAUCAUAACAACAAAAUCUUAGUAUCCAAAAAAACUCUUAAAUCAGAAAGUAGUAUGGAGUGUUGUCAGAUCCUUAUAAGCAAAGUGUGGACUCAGGAUCUGUAUUUCGAGCAGAUUGAAUUUAAGAUGGAGUUUAUCACCUGUAUGAGAGUGUCUUUUCAUUUACAGCCAAGGUUGAAUCACAUAGAUUUUUGAAAAAUCUUUUAAAAAGUGCAUUUAGGCCAGACCAAAUAUUACAUGUUAUCUGUAAUUUUCUCACAUCAAUUUUGGACAGGUUAAACUUGCAAUGAAAUAAAUUUCUGCAAAUCUACAUGUUUUCAACUUUUUUUGUAAUUUUGAUUGAAAAAUUUCUUAUUUUACGAAUAUUUCAGUUUUAAAUUUUGACCAAUGUCUGUAAUAGAUAUGAAACCUUUAAUUUCAGCAGAAUAGAUAUUAAUAUUAGAAAGCAUAUUCAAAUAUUAAGGAAAUUAAAAACAAAUGGGUUUGUUCUUACAUAUUUAUUACUGAAAUGUGAGCACUAAAUUUUUAAUGAGUAAAAGUGUGAAUAGUAUGAAUGGAAUAAAAAUCAAUAUUAA